AUGGCCCAGAGACCGCCUCUAACGCUCACCGCAGAGCUCGAGAAGCUCGAGCAGAGCAUAACACUCACCCUCCAAGAGAUCGACCACAACUUCAGCAAAACCCACCGCAUCGUCACAAACUCCAUCAUCCCCAUCGUCGAGCGCUACGCCAAAGAAUCCACCGCCGUCUGGGAAGGCUCAAAGUUCUGGAAGCAAUUCUUCGAAGCCUCCGCCAACGUCGCGCUCUCAAACUACCAAGAAGAGGAAGAACCCAAUUACGGCGAGCCCACGACCGUCGCCGCCGAGGGCACAACCUACGUCACGCACGACUCAUCCGCAUUCCCGAACUCGUCGCCGGCCAACUACGAGCACACCCGCGGCGCUGCUGCUGACGACGACGGGGACGAGACACUGCAGACGACCGCGACGACGGAGCGCCAUCCGCAGGGCGACGCAGACAGUGACGAUGACGACGAUUACCUGCUUGACGACUCGAUGCUCGACUCUCUGAACCUCACGGGGGCAAUCACGCACCACUCCACGCCCAAGCCGAAGCCACAGCAGCAGCGCGCGGGACAAUGGGCCAACAUCGAGUCUCCCUUCGAAGCAUUCAAGAAGGAGCUCACCCCCGACCCCUUCCCCAGCCGCAGCGGCGGCAGAAACGACGCCGCCGCCGCCGACUCCGACUCCGACACCAGUCUCACCGACUCCCUCCUCCUCCCCUCCACACCACCCACAAACCGUAGCCGCCGCCCCGCACCCACGGACGACCCCAGCACGCCCACGCCCAGCACCUCCUCCCCCUUCCUCCCACCCACACUACACACAGCGCGCAAGACCCCCGGCGGCGGCGGCGACGCCCUCCUGCACCGUGUGCUCGACAAGAAUUGGCGCGUCCAGGCCACCCCGCUCGGAAAAGCCCCCGCCACAAAAUACCGCACCACCACCGGCGCAACACCCCACAGCACCCGCCGCCUCUUCACCACCGCCCACCUCGACCCGGACUCGGACGACGACGACCGCUCCCCCGAGAAGCCCCAACUACACACCAAACACCUCUUCUCCCCCUCCCCCCCGCGCGCCGCGCACCUCAACCUCGGCCCCAAAACCCCCACCACCGCCAAGGCAAAAGGCAAAAACAAGGCCCCGGACCCCUGGAACAACAACCCGCCGGCGCCGCAGACUCCGACGAGGACCAAGACAGCGACGACGAAAUCCUCGGCUACAGCCCCCGCAGACGAUCCAGUUCUCGUUCCCCGCGAGCAAGCUCCUGGCCACGCCGGCGCGCGAGGCGAGUCGCAGGAUCGUCAAGGAUAUACUGAUGACGGCGGGGGCGGGCGAUCUGAGUGCGAGCCAGGGCGGGGACAGCUUUAG